AUGCACACCACACUUGUGCUCGGCCUCGUGUCGACACUGGCCGCGGUCGCCAGCGGCCAGGGCCUCAGCAAGGUCAACGACUUCAACGCCGGGCCGACGAAGCUGGGCAUGUACGUGUACGUGCCCAAGACGCUCGCGAAGCCGGCGCCGAUCCUGGUGGCGAUCCACCACUGCCAGGGCUCGGCGCAGGGCUACUCGACGGAGACGCACUACCAGCCGCUGGCGGACAAGCACGGCUUCGUCAUCAUCUACCCCAACUCAAAGUCGAGCGGCGGCUGCUUCGACGUGGCGUCGACGGCGUCGCUGACGCACGACGGCGGCGGCGACAGCCAGACGGUGGCCAACAUGGUCAAGUACGUGAUCCAAAAGUACGGCGGCGACGCCAACCGCACGUUUGUGACGGGCUCGUCGUCGGGCGCCAUGAUGACCAACGUCAUGGUGGGCGCGUACCCGGAGGUGUUCCAGGCCGGCAGCGUGUACUCGGGCGUGCCCGACGGCUGCUUCUUCGUGCAGGGCGCGACGGCCACGGAGGACCCGCCGGGCUGGGCCAACGCCUGCGCCAACGGGCAGCUCACCAAGACGGCGGCGCAGUGGGGCGACCUGACGCGGUCGUACUACAAGGGCUACACGGGGCCGCGGCCGCGCAUGCAGAUCUGGCACGGCACGGCCGACAACACGCUGCACUACCCCAACUACCAGGAGACGCUCAAGCAGUGGUCCAACGUGCUGGGGCUGUCGGACCCCAAGACGGCCGCCAACACGCCGCAGAGCGGCUACACGCAGACCAUCUACGGCGCGGGCACGUCGACGACGGCGCAGCUGGUCGGCUACAGCGGACAGGGCGUCGGCCACACGGUGCCGGUGCACGAGUCGAUGGACAUUGCCUUUUUUGGCCUGGACAAGUGA